AUACGGUUAACCAGGACGGUGCAUUUUGAUAGAAACUCGGCACAGCGGAGAGUAUGAGCUACAGUCCAGCGCUGGCGCACAUGCAGCACGAAGCAGGAAAUGCAGCACGAAGCAGGAAAUGCAGCACGAAGCACUGUUUUCCGUGAAACUGUCAACAUCCUAAAGUGAACGUCUCCAUUAUUCUACGCGUAAGGGAAGAUUAGGCUUUCCUUUGCUUCGACAUGAACAUUCCCAUUCAAGAUCAUAAAGUUUCUGGUAGUGCGGUACGUGCAGUUUAGGCCAACACCGGUCAGCUGAAGGCGCAAAGAAUGACUCUUUACGGUGAUAUUCUGUGAAGCAAACGCGAUCUAGCGCAGCGGCCAUUCCGUGUUCCAGUGAUCGUGGCUCUACGCAGCAAGUCGGACGAUAAGAACAACCCGCUCCGUGGAUACGAAACACUGCUGAUUGUAAAGGCGAAUCUCCACGCAAGGUUGGAUAUGGAAGGGUUCGAAAAGGUGUUGUGCCUACCAGUUAAUUUAUGCGAAUCCAUGAAGGGAGUCAAUGGAAAGGAGGCAUUGGAGAACAUCAGGAUCGUCACUGAGUACAUCGCAAAGCAUCAUGGUAUUCCUCUAGAAUGGAGAGAGCCAAUAGAGGGCAUCUACAGCGUACAGAGAAUCAAUGAUGUCGCAAGUGAGAUCCAAUCUCUAACGGUGACCGAAAAGGAAAGAGUCACAUCGAUUCUUCUAAUUGACGACAGCAAUCGCCUGGCGAUAUCUCUCGCUUCAUCUCAGCAGUCCAACACCCUCCAGCCAGUGUACAACGCGUUGAAAGAACUUUCAAAAGGAAGGUUGGUGUGUAUCGUUUGCAAGGACGAGAAAACUAAAAUCCAUACCGUGUCCCUGAGGUCUACAGUUACAUUUGACAAGGCUGGAAUCCAGCUUGGUGAAGGCAAACAAGACGGCGAGCAAGAACUGCUUCUGAGCAUAUGGACGAAGGCAUCGGCUGCUCAGGGGCGGGAAGUGGCGCGCGUAAUGUUAGGCUGCCAUGUGGGAAAUCAGUUUGAUCGUGAGCCGUUGCCGAAGGUCAUUGCCUCCCCGUGGUCUCUCGACUUCAAUAUUUCGGGCCAAAGCACAGUCGCGCCGGGCAAAAGUCGUUGCAGGAUAACCAUCGGAACAAGAGCCUGGAAUCCGGAGGAAAUGUGCAUGCAAAGGAUUCACCUGCACUACAUGUACAUCAAGGAGAGAGAGGAGAACAAAGAAUUUCAGUUGCAGAUCUUCCGGUUCCAGGACACGUGCAUCCCUCACAUCAGCGGAGUGCAGCAGGUCAGUUUGACAAAAUGGACACCGGGCAAAGGUAUCCCACAAGGAGCCAAAGAUGCCUGCCGCGACACUGCAAAGAGUGGAGGCGACGGGAGCGAUAACACAUUGAACAUUGCAGUUAUCGUCGACACCGCAGAUCUGGUCUACAACAGGGUGAAUGGAAAGCUCGCCGAAUUGUGUCAAAACCUGACAGACUUUGACCACACUGUUCUUUGCCUUUGUUUCGACAUUGGCUUCAUGGAACCUGGCCAGGACAUUGACAAAUGCCGAUCAGCGAGGAUGACUGAGGAGAGCGCCACGAUGCUUAGCGAAAAGGAUUUGAAGAAGGUUGGCAUUGUGUCGUGGAAUUCCCAGCCACCUCAAGCUGUUGCAGAUGAAUUCACGGCGAUACUGUUGAAAUGCGGCGGUUCAACGGCACGAACAGAAACACCUUUCCAGGGUGCUAGAUUUGCUGGCCUCGUUGUCUUGGGCAUCAUUGUUGGUGCUUUUGGCCUGGUUUUUUUCAUGUACAAUCUCAUAUGGGUGUUUACACACGAAAACUAGGAAGCAUGUCGGUGCACAUCGGCCUCAUAAACUAUUCAGCAGACAGGAAGAAAGCCGAUUUUUCCAAUAUUACGCUCCACGUACCUAUGAUUUCUGUCAAUACUAAUGAGACAUUCAAAAUGCGUAGAUCACAGUCUAAUGUUGCUUGGUUUUUAACAGCGUGUGCCUGAUAUACAUUCACUCUCAUAUUUCGCAGCUUAUUCUCUGUCAAUGUCCAGCCCCUAUCAGGCGUUAAUAGCACAUUUCCAUUCCUGAAACAUUUUGUUUAAAAUCAUUACUACUUUUUUAUUAUGGUUAAUUAGGCUCUGUGCUUGUUUUCACGAAAGCCAUUGUGCGCUAGCCGUAUUAACUGUCGUACCCAGAUGCACACAUUCAAUCCCAGGCUACGCUUUGGAAUUGUUUUCGUUGCCUAUGUCCUCAUGUCUCUUCGUUUUGUUUUCGCUGCCUGGGCUCUCAUUUAUCUUUGCGUGCUUGCUUGCUUGUAUUGCCGAGGGAACAUAUGCUGGUUUGUAUUCGUGGUGCAUGGGCCACGCGUACUCAUCCGGCGGAUAUGUGUGAAGAAUAAUAAUAGUAAUUGUGA